CGGAGGAAGGGCGGGCCGAGUAUCCUUAGUGGGACGAGACCACUGGGUGCGAGACCUGCCGGCGCGAGCGCAGGACCUGGGCCCGGGUGUGGGAGAGCAGGCGCUACCUGAAGACCGCGCGGGUCGUCGAGGACAAAAUGUCAAGUGUAGAGGAGCAGCAGUCCCAGGCCUUUACCAAACCCACUUUCAGUGAGGCACAAGCCUGUGCGCUAGUGGAAUCGGUAUUUGGGUUAAAAGUUUCCAAGAUCCAGCCCCUUCCUAGCUAUGACGACCAAAACUUUCAUAUAUGCAUUUCAAGAGCCGAAGACACAACUGAUGGCGCAGCUGAGUACGUCCUCAAAGUGAGCAACACCGAGUCGAGCAAAACUCCAGACCUGAUCGAAGUACAGAGUCACAUCAUCCUGUUUCUGCGAGCGGCUGGAUUUCCUACAGCCUCUGUGUGCCGCACUAAAGCAGAUAACUUAACCUCGCUCGUGUCCGUAGAUAGUGGCUCCGAAAUCAAAAGCCACUUGGUGAGGCUGAUGACUUACCUCCCAGGAAGACCUAUAGCCAACAUUCCUGUCAGCCCCCAGCUCUUAUAUGAAAUUGGGAGGCUAGCUGCCAAGUUGGAUAAGACCCUGGAGAAAUUCCAUCAUCCAAAGUUAAGUAGUCUUCGUCAGGAGAACUUCAUCUGGAACCUGAAAAAUAUUCCUCUUCUGGAGAAAUACCUGUAUGCCCUGGGCCAGAAUCGAAAUCGCGAGAUUGUCGAACAGGUCAUUCAGCUGUUCAAGGAGAAAGUAAUGACCAAGUUCCAUCAUUUCCGGGAAUGUAUCAAUCAUGGAGAUCUCAAUGACCAUAACAUUUUGAUAGAGUCCAGCAAGUCAGCCUUGGGAGAUACUGUUUAUCAAGUGUCUGGGAUUUUAGACUUUGAUGACAUGAGCUAUGGCUACUAUGUGUUUGAAGUGGCAAUCACCAUCAUGUACAUGAUGAUUGAAAGCAAGAAUCCUAUACAAGUAGGUGGUCAUGUCCUUGCAGGAUUUGAAAGUGUAAUCCCACUGACGCCUAUAGAGAGGGGUGUGUUGUUUCUACUUGUGUGCAGUCGUUUUUGUCAGUCCCUAGUCAUGGCUGCAUACUCUUGCCAGCUAUACCCAGAGAACAAAGAAUAUCUUAUGAUUACUGCAAAAACCGGGUGGAAGCACCUACAGCAAAUGCUUGACAUGGGCCAGGGCGCUGUAGAAAAAAUUUGGUUUGAUACGGCCAGGUCCUACGAAUCUGGGGUCUCCAUGUGACUGGAUAAAACUUCACAUUAACUUGGAUAAUUAAAAACUUAGUAGGACCAAAUCUAAUUCUAUGAGGGGUCUUCCUGCACAGUUAAAAAUGAAUUGAUGGAACAGAUCAAUGCAUGUGAAGCCAGUAAGGUCUUUAAUCUCUUGACGAUUGUUUUAUUGUAAGAAAAACUAAGAGUCAUGUAGUCAUGUGUUUCUGUGGGUCUCACUUGCCUUGUGUACAAACACACAGAAUGAUUAUUUUGAAUCAGAUAAUCGCUCUAGGUCUGUUCCAGACCUAGUCAACUAUCUAGCCCAAAGAAUUUUAAAAUAUGAAUAGUAGAUAGUUUACCUAGGGACUGAAGCUGGAUGAGAAAAAGGGUGGGACGGAGAGAUGGAAAAUGAACACAUUAAACACGUGACAGUUUCAGUAAAGAAGAGAAAUGCUGUGUGUGUGGUGAUGGUUCGUAUUCUUUAACUAGGGGAACCCUUCCUGACGAGAGAAAAGGCAGAGGAGACCAAGGUGCAAGUUCUCCCGACGGUGGGAGUCUGAUGUACUGGGGACCACUCUGAGAACAGGGCAGGAGCAGUCAGGAAUGAACCGGAGUCCACACUAGUGCUAUCCCAGGUCCAGGACUUACCAGUGCGGAAGGGAAAGUAAAAACAGCGCGAAGGCAGGAUAGGAGAGUGAGCUAUAACUCCAUUCUCUCCUUGGCUGGGGUCGUCCUGCCCUCCCCGUACCCUGUGGCGCCCCCUCCUUGAGCUGAGAACCCCGCCAGAGCUGCUACCGCCCCAUCUCCGCUCCCACGGGGCAGCGGCCCCGCCCCCUGGAGGACUUCCGCGUCCUGGGCCACGCCUCCCGGGGAUUUCCGCCUUCUCGGCUCCGCCCCGAUAGCUCUGCGCACGCGCGGGGGCCAUAUUGGCAGCGGACCCUCGGACGGCGGCGGCGGCGGUCGUUUUCUUUUGAGGCGUGAAACGCUCACCGUACCUCGACUUCAGGGUCUCCCCUCCGGAACUCUAAAGUUCA